AUGUUUUCCAACCUAGCUCUCGCCACAUCUUUGGUUGCCGCCGUCGUGCGGGGCCAACAAGUUGGUACUCAACAAAGCGAAACUCAUCCUUCAAUGACCUGGCAGAAAUGUACUGGUACCGGUGGAACAUCAUGUACAACCCAGAAUGGAAAGGUGGUCAUUGACUCGAAUUGGCGUUGGGUUCACGACAAGACAGCCAACAGCUACACCAAUUGCUACAGCGGCAAUGAAUGGGAUGCCACUCUCUGUCCAGAUAACAAGAAGUGCGCAGCCAAUUGUGCUCUCGAGGGUGCUGAUUACAAGGCAACCUACGGUGCUGAAGCAAGUGGAAAUCAAUUGAAGCUUACAUUCGUUACUAAAGGAUCAUAUGCGACGAAUAUCGGGUCGAGAUUGUAUCUCAUGGAUACAGACACCUCUUAUGCUCAGUUCAAGCUUCUUAACCAAGAGUUUACCUUCGAUGUCGAUGUGUCGAACUUGCCAUGUGGUCUUAAUGGUGCUCUCUACUUCGUGUCAAUGGACCCAGAUGGCGGAAUGAAAAAAUAUUCAGGCAAUAAGGCUGGUGCUAAGUACGGUGCCGGGUACUGCGAUGCGCAAUGUCCCCGUGAUCUCAAGUUCAUCAACGGAGAGGCAAGUCGUUCUUUCCUGUAGUCGGUUGACAAACUAACGGGUUCCACAGGGUAAUGUUGAUGGCUGGAAGGCUUCCAGCAACGAUCCCAAUGCUGGAGUGGGUGGUUAUGGCUCAUGCUGUGCCGAAAUGGAUGUUUGGGAAGCCAAUUCAGUCUCCACAGCCUACACCCCACACUCCUGUAAGACAACAGGACAAACUCGAUGCACUGGAGACGAGUGUGGAGGCACAUACUCCGCUACCCGUUACGCCGGUAUCUGUGAUCCAGACGGCUGCGAUUUCAACUCCUACCGCAUGGGAGACAAGUCCUUCUACGGUAAAGGCCUCACCGUUGACACAUCCAAGAAGUUCACCGUCGUGACCCAAUUCAUCGGCUCCCCAUUGACGGAAAUCAAACGCUUCUACGUCCAAAACAACGUCGUGAUCCCCAACUCGGAAUCGAAGAUCGCCAACGUGACAGGAAACUCGAUCACACCGGCCUGGUGUGAUGCGCAGAAAGCGGCCUUUGGAGACAACUACUCGUUCAAGGACCAAGGCGGAUUCCCGUCGAUGAGCUCGGCGCUGGGUGCUGGCAUGACGCUUGUUAUGUCGGUUUGGGAUGAUCAUUAUUCGAAUAUGCUUUGGCUGGAUUCUACUUAUCCCACGACUGCUACGACGCUUGGCUCCGAACGGGGUACUUGUGAUGUUACCAGUGGGGUUCCGGCUGAUGUGGAGAGUAAGAGUCCUGGUGCGAGUGUCAUUUAUUCGAAUAUUAAGUUUGGGCCUAUUGGGUCGACUUUCAAGCAGCCGGCUUGA